AAGAAAAAUUCAUUGCCUUAGUAAAUGGUUUCAAGAGAUAAUUUUACAUUUUGCACAAUUAGUUUACACGGGUAGAAUCGUACAGCAGCAUUUUUUUCCAGGGAAUUCGAAGCAGGCGGUGUGUGUGUGUGGGGACAUUAACAACGGCAUACAAACUGACAGCAUGUUCAGUUCUGCUUUCCAGUCUCCCCGCGCAUCGUGCCUGUUGAUUCAAAUUGUGCCAACCAAACCGAUGGACCAAGCGACCCAACCGUACGAAGGAGUGCACUGCGACGAGUGCCACUACUGGUUUAGCAAGCUGUACCUGUUCAAGCAGCACCACCGGAAAUGCCACAGCGAUCUCGGCGAGCUGAUCGAUCUGCCCCCCUUGCCCGCGUUUGCCAACACGGUGAAGCUGCACAACCUCGAGGACGAGCUGUGGUUCGCUAUACUGCACACCUACGAAGGGAAAACGGUGCUGAUGCGCAUAUUUGAGGCAGAAACUCACGCCACAAUGCGAAUCGCAAAUCAGCGCGACAUGGAGCAACAACGCCAACGGCUGGUACGGAAGGGCGCCGGGGACACCAUUACGAUCGGCGUCCUGUACGAUGUGUAUCCCGAAAUCAAUGCGGAGGAUACGCUUAGCUUUAAGGUCGUUCCGCGCAUCUACUGGGAUGUGAACGAGGAUGGUACGAAAACACCGAUACCGUCGAUGUCGUACCCGGUCACGGGACGCUCGGGCCACCGUGGGCAGUACCCGGGAAAGUUCCUAUUCCCAGAAAAUCUCAACACGCGCCACGAACCGGCAAGCUACAUCUAUAGCGAUGUUGUACUGUGUGAGCACAAUGUCCCUCCUAAUCCCUUCUAUGUUGAGCUGGAACGAAUUGUAAACACACUUUAGUAUGUACAUAGUUUAGUUUUAACACAUUCUACCCCUUACAAAAUGCAUUGUAAGGGUACGAUUAUUAUUGUCACACACAGGGUCGUGUUAAUUUUCAGUUGUAUUGUUUUCGCUAGGCUUUAGCUAAUGUAUAACCAAAACCGCACUAUCUCUUAAAACCAUAAUACCACCAUACAAAACACUGAACUAAACAGCCAAAAGCUUUUUGUUCUACUUCAGAAACAUGUACGCAAUUGGCACAGAAUACACAAUUUCCCUCAGCUUCAA